AAUAACAUUACACCAUUAUAUUGUGCAGCAAAAAGUGGUCAUAAGGAAAUUUCUGAAUUUUUAAUAGAAAGAGGAGCAGAAAUUAAUGCCAAAACUAAUAAUAAUGUAACACCACUACAUGCAGCUGCUCUGGAAGGCCACUCAGGCAUUGUUGAGCUUCUAAUAAAAAGAGAAAAAGCUAAAGUUGAUGCAAAAACUGAUAAAGGUACCACACCAUUGCAUCUAGCUGCUCUGAAAAGCCACAAAGCCAUUGUUAAUCUUCUAAUAAACAAUAAAGCUGAAGUUGAUGUAAAAACUGAUGACGGUUUUACACCGUUGCAUCUAGCUGCUCUUAACGGCCACAUAGACAUUGUUAAUCUUCUAAUAGACAGUAAAGCUGAGAUUGAUGCUAAAACUCAUGACGGUAGUACACCGUUACAUCAAGCCGUGAAAGCAGGUCAUAAAGAAAUCGUUGAGAUUUUGGUAACAAGGGGAGCCGAUGUUACUGUUAAAAGCAACAACAUGACACCAUUGCUUUCUGCUAUAAAAUAUAAUCACAAAGAAAUCGUUAAAGUUCUUAUAUCAAAUGGAGUUAAAGUUAAUGAAGAAGCCAUUGAACUUUUGUCACUAGCAGUUCUUUCUGGAUACACAGAUAUUGUAGAAAUUUUGCUAGACCACAAAGUCGAUGUUAAUAUGAAAAAUUCUAAAAAUGUUGCACCACUACACUUGGCUGCUACUAAAGGUCAUAAGAAUGUAGUAAAAGUUCUGUUAACAAAAGGAGCUGAUGUUGAUACUACAAAUAUUAAUAAUCUAACACCAUUAUGUUUUGCAGCACAGAAGGGGUAUGAGGAAGUAGUUAAGAUUUUAAUAGCACAUGGCGCUAACGUUAAUGUUCAUAAUAAAUCUGACAAAAAAAUUACACCGUUACACUUGGCAGCAACAAGUGGUCAUUGUAAUGUUGUAAAAGUUUUACUACAUAAAAAAAAUUAUGAUAAUGAGAAUAGAACACCUCUAGAAUUAGCAGUGGCACAUGGUCAUUUAAGAAGUGGUUAA